CUGUCAUUUAAUAAAGGAAAGUCAGGCAACCAAAAGAGAAAAGAAAGACAGAGGGAGAAAGCAAUCACAGGGAAAAUAUCAAUACAGCUUGCUGGCAGUGUUUCACAAUGGUGACAUGGCUAGCAAGCUAAUAUUAAGUUAGCUUGCUGAGAAAUUAUGCCGCAUUGCCUUCAGUUUCAGAAGCAGCCUCAGAAAGUGGAUCAGAUUUGGUGGAUUGGUUUUCUUUUAUAACUAACAACUAACCAUUAUUUUCAUAAAUUAAUUGAUUAAUCGUUCGGUGCAUGAAAUGAAGAUUUUUGUGCUAUGCCGCUGAUUAUUCCUAAUGCAGUGGUGAAAAGUACAUUUACUCAAUCUGCAAUCUAGGUGGAGGGACACCCUGCUUGUCCUGCCUGUAGAGGAGCAGAUAGCUGGCUGGCUUGGUGGUGAAGCGCCUGUCUGUAGCCUGGCUCUCUCUGCUGUGUGCUGUAGAGGAUAAGAAGGAGGCCCUGGGAUUCCUGGCGACACCGUGGAAGAGGUGGAUCAGUCAGAGAUGAUUCCUCAUGAAGUCUGUGGAGCUCAUUUUGUGAGCUGGAGUGACUCCAUCUUCUCUGGUCUGAGACCUGGAGCUGUCUACCAGUGAACGCAAAGAGAGCCAGAGCCACGCGGCACACAACCAUCGAGUGGAGGAGAGAGCGAAAGAGAGACCCAAAAGAACUUAGAAGUACUACCCGGGAAUAUUAAAACCAGUCUGUCACAAUGAAAUCCAACCAGGAGCGGAGUAAUGGAUGCCUGCCUCCUAAGAAGCGUGAGAUCCUGGCUCUAGAGCAGAGGCCAGUGGCAGUCACCACAGCAACACCUCCAGCUGCAGUGGUUACUGACAGUCCCCACACGGAGAACCUAGCAUGGCUGGCAAGCGUAGCCAGUGAACGCUGCAAAUCCAGGGACGCUGACAGCCCGAGAUGUCCCAUCAUUUCCUCCACUUCCUCUUCUCCUUCCACCUCUAUCCCCUCCUCGGCCACUCCUCUGUCUGCGGUGCCCUUGGCCUCUCUGCCUGCAGUUUACCCCACAGCCCUCCCCCAGCAGGCCGGGACUAUCCAGUUUGCUCAGCUGGGACCCAACGUUCAGUUCAUCAGCUCUGGGCCGUAUGCUGGCUACAUCUCCUCCCACAUCAUCUCCACUAAUGCUGGCUCUGCACCUAACAGCUCUGCCAUAGGACAGCGUCCCCACCUGGAUGGUUACACCACUGCCCUCAUCUCCCCCAACACCAAAGGUGAGCAGCAGCAGUUUCAAAUAGGCCUCUCUCCCUCAGAACUGGCUCCUGUGUCACUUCCAAGCUCUCCCCACGUCACCAGCCAGUACAUCCAUCUGGACAGCAGAACACCUCUGACUGUCAGCGGAAACACGGUCACUUCACAGACGGCCCACCUCCAGCUCCAUCCUCACACCGCCGUCCUGCCUCAAACGCUUACCCUCACUCCCUCCCAGCUGGUGGUUCAGUAUGCAGAUGGUUCACUGGGAAAGAAACCAGAGGGGCAUGCUAAGGGCAUGUUGAAUGGGGAAUUUGAGAUGGUCAAACAGACUAAAACUCCCAGUCACCCAGCAAACCAUCAGCAGAUCCACAGCUAUGAGGCCAGACAUAUCCUCCUGCCUGCAGACUAUGGCCAAAACCCUGCAGGACUCCAGACGUCCUUGGUGCUUGUGGCCCAGCCCAACCAUGGAGCGGAACGUGAAGCUGGCUCAAAUAAGAUCUCGUUAGUCCAGACUGAGAAAGGAGGCAUCUGUUUGGGGAAACCAGUGUCCAGAUCCUCCUCUUUCACCUCCCUCUCGUCCUCAGAGGUGGUGAAGUCUGUUGCUCCUCACACAGUCAUCCAGACCACUCUUGCCUCCGAGGAGCUGCCAGCCAGUCUGUAUUCCUCCACACAGCCACCCAUCAUUGGCUAUAUCACCAGUGCAAAUCAGCACGCUGUCAGCUACCACGCAGCACUGCCUCAGCACUUGGUCAUCCCGAGUGGCCAGUCCCUCCUCAUCCCAGUCAGUGGCACUAGUAACAGCACAGAAAUUGAGGUUAGUCGUUCUGUCAACGCCAUGACUGCCACCACUACCCCUCAAAUAUCCACCGCCAUGCCGCAUGCCUAUCUGGCCACAGCCCUGUCAAAGUGUGAGGCGCUUGGGUCAGAUGGAAAUCAGCCACCCCCUGCCGUCGCACAGGCACCAGCGCUGCCGGUCCUGCCCUCAAUCCCGGGUCCUACAGUGGUGUCAGCUCCCUCCCCAACUCCUGCUAGUGUCCCCACUCCUGCACCUGUUUCUAUUCAAGCCUCCCCCACUGUCUCCUCUUCCUCUUCCCCUGUGGCGCUUCCUCCGUUCUUCAUGCGAGGCUCCAUCAUCCAGCUGGCUGAUGGGGAGCUGAAGCGUGUGGAGGACCUCAAGACUGAGGACUUCAUCCAGAGUGCGGAAAUUAGCAGUGAGCUGAAGAUUGACUCCAGCACUGUUGAGCGUAUUGACAGUGGGCAAAGUCCUAAUGCUGUGGUCAUACAGUUUUCUGUGGGAGAGCUCAAAGCCCAGGUGUGUGUGGAGGUGCUGGUGGAGUAUCCCUUCUUUGUAUUUGGCCAGGGCUGGUCGUCCUGCUGCCCAGACCGGACCACCCAGCUGUUUGAGCUGUCCUGUGCUAAGCUGUGUGUGGGUGAUGUAUGCGUGUCGCUGACCCUCCGCGGCUUGAGGAACGGCUCAGUGACAGACAGCCAGGCUUGUGGGACCAAGCUGAAGACCGGUCACCCCUCUGACAUCCACAGUGUGGAUGCCACUGUAAGAAACAGUAUGAGUCCAAACGCUGCAGGCAGUAACAGCGGCCUCCUCAUGAAGGCUUCCAGUGCAGACAGGCUAGAGAGGGAGCAGGUAACUGGCCCAGGACCAGGGCUAGAGUUACCACCGGGAUUGGGACUAGUUACAGGACAAGGGGAGGGGAUCUAUGGCGCUGGACCAGUGCUGACAGUCUCGGGGACUGGAGAAGUAAGACAGGAAGCAGUGAAAACAGACAUUCCUGCUCUUACCAAAAUACAAUGUGGUGAUCCAGAGAGACCCACAGGCCGCAAGAGACGCUGGUCAGCUCCAGAGCGAGACCAGACUGAGAGGGCUGAGGAGGAGCCUCCUUUGACUCUGCCCAAACCCUCCUUCAUCCCUCAGGAGGUUAAAAUCUGCAUAGAGGGGCACUCCAGUGCUGGGAGUGAAAGGUGCUUGAACAAAAGAGUAGACUGUUGAGAGAACUUAAAGGAAUUUUGAUUACAUGUGGUUUACUUUGUGUUUGUCCCCUCUCUUUUCUCCAUCCAGACUACUGUAAUAUAAUCUGAGUUUACACACUAUUCACGUUUCCUUUUCUUUCACACAAGUCUGAUAUCAACGAUGAAGUAUAGUAGAGCACCUUCAUAAGUGGUAUCACACACGAGAUCAGUGCAAUCAAUGCUGAAAGCAACAAUGAAUGCAGCGUGAAUGUCGCCUGAGAGACAUUCGACUUACGUCUCACAUAUGAUAAGCUGGAUCUCCUUUGUCACGUGGCUUAAACCUGUUGGAUGAAGACCAGUCAACCAUUCCUCUUAUCACAUGAACAAGCACAGUCCCAGAUGUCAGCGUGCAGAAAAUGGAUAAGCAUGUUUAGCCUCUCAUCUUGUCUGCUUCACCGUUUAUUUGGUUUGUAGUGACGUUUAUGAGUGGUUGGAGUCAAAGAGAAACCUUUGUAGUUUCAAUGACAAGGCUCAAUCGUCAUGGAUGGGAUCUAUGCUGCCUUGCGUAUCUAUAUUUUCUGACUCUUUUUUUCGUAUCAUUACAGAUGUGUGUUUGCUACUGCAGGUGGCCUUGUGCCACUUGUCUCUAUGUGUAUGUGCCUGAGUUUGCUUGUGUUUUUCUGUGUGGCUGUCAGACGGAGCACAUGAUCUGUGUGGGUGUAGCUGAGAGCUCAGUUGUCAAUACAACCUGAAUGUAAAUCACUGAAUUUGUCCUCGAAACUAACUAAUGAAGUCAUCCAUAUGGUGCAUGCUACACCAGUGGAGUAUGCUGAGAAUUUGAUACCAUUGCUUUUGCAGUAUGUGGGUGACAGCAUCGAACAUGGGUGCAUCCCUCUGAUAUAGUUCCCCAGUCAAAUUCACCGUUAUACUUUUUUUUCCCAAAGUAUUCUUUUGUCUUCCUUCCUUUCCUAAUGUCUGUCUUUAACCCUGGCUGCUAUGAGCAGCUAUUAAACUGAGGGGGAAAGUACGGUAUUUCUAUCACAUUUCUAUCAAUCCAAAAAUUAAUGAGCUUUUAGCCAAUUUAUGUAUGGACUUACUUCUCAUUCUACAAUAUAAAUCAUAGUUGGGGCAGCGCAGCAAACUAAACAAAACACUAACCUUUUAGAUUUGAUAUGGCAAACUUUCACGUCCAGCAGACACAGAGAAACAUUAACAUCCAUUUGGUGUCAUGUUUCAGGCGGUCUGUUGAAUGCAAGUCCAGUUCAUCCCACUUUUAGCUCUGUUUUUGGACUUGACCAACACCUGAGAGGAACAUCUGGCCUUUAAAUUGCUAAAUUCUCCAUCAUGUUCUCCAGCCUAAUUGCUAACAUUGUCUGUUUGCAGUUUGGUGCCGGGCAGGUAGUUUAUAGUGGGUUUACCAAAGCUUUUUCACUGAAACAACUGCCUGCUGCGCCUGAAAUUGAACGGUGAGUGAAAGUUGCUGGCCAUAAAACCAAAACAGUGAGCUGAAGGAUGCUAACAUGCUCGGCAGAGCUGGGUAAUAAUUUCACAUUACACAUCUGACCCAUUGUUGAUAUAAAAAUAUUGAUUAAAGCAACUUAAAAUGCAAACAUACCAUAUGAAAAAAAGUGAUGUAAUAUUUAUUUACUGAUGGAAAUUUGUACCAGCCCCUAUGCUAUUUGCUUUCUUGACAGAAGACUAUGGCCUUAGAUAUAUGUACCUAGUUCAAAACAGCACAUGGCUUUUAGGGUUUUGCCAUUAAAACCUGUUUUCCUCAAUUAUGGUAUGCCUUUCAUAAGUCCAUACCUAUUACAUCAGCGUACUGCUCUUUUGAUUAAAACAGCUUUCUUUCUCUUAGAUCAGAGUACAUUUCUUUCUUAGAAAAGAGCCAAAAUAAAUAUCCUACAGUUCAUACUCAGGAACAGUGUGUAUCUGUAUGUGUGUGUAAACAGACAGUGUGUGUGGGGUGUAUGUGGAUGUGUGCGUUCUGAGCAGCAGCACUUUGAUGAAGCAUCAAGCGACAGUGGUGGUGGUGUCCCCCGUUCCUCAGCUGUUUGAUAUAAUGAGAAUAAUCAACUGACUGUUUUUCACCACAUCACGUCCUACAGGUUUAUCAUUGAGAGAAAAACCUUAUAGACCGGGGCAGGGAAUGUAAACACACAUCGGGCAAACUAUCUCAGCUUUAUUUUUGAUGACAGAGAGAGCUAAUAUACAGAGAAAGAAAGAGAGAUUUGUAGAGUUAACUAGCCAGCUGGUGUUCAUCAUGUACAGUAAAUUGUAUCCUUGAGAGUGUACAGUGUGUGUGUAUAGAUAUUCUUACCCUUAUGUAACCUAUGUACUGUAUGUGCCACAGCGCCUCUUUCUUCAAUCAUUCCAUUAACUCACCAAUAUCAAAUGGUCGUUUUUGUCAGUUCAGGUAUUGCUCUAAUGUUCAUGAAUGUGCUACAGUUCUUUGGGAACGUCUACAUAAUCUGGCCGCCUCAGAAAUCAAUUUGACUUGCACGCUUACUACACUACAGUGUGUGUGAAUUUGAACUGCGGUUUAUCAUAAUAGCCAUUAACCUUUUAUAAUUCUUGAAAGGUGUUUAUUGUAAACCCAGACUGUUCUCUUCUGUUUGUGUUUGACUGCUCAGGCUAAACACUGCCCAGUGACUGUUCUUCUCCAAAACAAUGUGGUAUUGUAUUUUUCACUGUUAAAAAGUAGAGGUACUGUUUCAUCA